CCGAUGCUCGACACCGAUGCUCCCCUAUGGUCGCGGACGACUACAAGACCCCGUCCCCAACCCCUCUGCGAACCCUAGCUCCCUCCCUUUCCACCUCGCGCCCCACGCUCUCUCUCUCCCCCCCUCGAGUUCGUCCGCCGGACACAUCGCCGUCGACCCGCGGCCAUCGUCGCUUCCCAGCCCCGCCACGGCAUCCAGAGGCCUAGCCGCGCUCGUCCAUGCAGUACGCACUCACCAGCGCGAGCCACGGGGGCCCGUGCAACCGGAUCAGCCAUCAUCUCCACCACAGCCGCCGCGACCAUCACUGUCGAUCUCCACCACUGGCGCCUCCCUGACCUUCCCCGAGCUCGCCUACGUCCUCCCCGGCCCUGAGACCGCUGCCGAUACCCCCGUGAUCGACUACAUCGACAACGACCCCUCCCUCUUGCCAGAACAACUAGGCAAACCCCCCUUGAUCAACCCGAUAUCGCAUAUUCCUUCUCUCUACUGCUUGCAAUAGAGUAAUGUAGCAUGUUACUGCUUUCGGUUAAUCCUAUUCUGCUGCAUAGCCUAUCAUUGUUGCUACAAUUGCUGAUACCUUUACCUGAAAUCCUACAUGCCUAGUAUAGGUUGCUAGUUUAUCAUCAGUGGCCCUACAUUCUUGUCCGUCCGCUAUGCUAUAUUAUCGGGCCGUGAUCACUCGGGAGGUGAUAACUGGUAUA